AUGGCAAACCCAAUGCACUCUGUGUCUGCUAAGCAUUGAGAAUCAUUUGGAGUGGUUUUGUGUGAAAAAAUUCGCGUCUUCCUAGUGUUUUCCUGUUCAGUGAGCAUUCGGCUUUUGUUUCCCAUCGUUUUCGCAAGUGCUACUGCUAAAGACUGGACACAGUUCGCUGUUUUCCACUGAACCUUCCACUGUCCGCCAUUGUUCACCAUUACACAUCACCUUCAUCCGAAGGCAUUUCAGGGGACCGUCAGUGAGAAACCGUUCUUUAUUGCACUCUCCAACGCCCCAGAGGUUAGAAUGCAAUAGCCCCACUUUAGAAUGGCACAAUACUUCCAGGUAUUGGGCAAAAACGAUUCGAAUUCAGAGCCGUCUUCUCAAUUCUUUAAUGGUAAUCCUGCGGAUAAUCGAGGGCCCCAAGUUAGGUACAUCUUAGCUGAAGACAGCCCGCAAUUGCAAUCGCAAAGGUUAGUUCUCUCCACCAACCAGGUGAUGGUAUUGAACGGUUCUCCCCAGCAGAUCCAGGGAGUAGUAGUUGAUCAGGGCCGCAGCUACCAAUCGAGCCCCCAGCAACAUCAGCAACAAUUCGGCAUUAUCCACAACCCCAACAUGAGCAACCAGCAGCAGAUCUUCUAUAUGGAAACGAACAGCGAGCAAUCGGGAGAUUCGGCCGUUGAUCAGGCUUCCAUGCAAGCAGCCGGUCACUCUCAGGCGCUAGUGCUGAAUCAUCAAAUGGGCGCUAAUCGCCCGCAGGCAAACCGGCCUCCCAGACCAGUGCUGACCAUUCGGCCCCCUAGGCACGAUGUGGGCCAGGUGCAGCGACCGCCCCCUGAUACGUCGACAGUAGAAAGACAGGCGGUGCCGCUGCAACUACGAAUGCCCCGACCCAAUAACUUGGCGUCGCGCCCAGCGGGCUCCAGUCUCAUGCGCCAGCGGAUGCUGACGCCCCCCAACCGGCCCCAAAUGCCGCAGCAAAGUGUGCGACUGCCCACUACCUUGAACCAAGCGCAGGCGAAAAAUCAGCAGCAAAUGCUCAGACAGCUGGGCAGUUUGCAUCAGAAGCUCCAAAUGCAACACCCAGCCGGCUCUGAUCAGCCGCCGCCUAGCGCUCAUCUAAUGCAGCCCCAAAGUACCAACAGUUCUGCGAAGACUUUUCGCGACUUUCAGCAGCAGCAGCGCCAGCAGCUGCUUGGACCCAAUGGUUUGGACGAGGAUGAGCUUGAUGAUCACGAUCCGGCAAUGAACAGCUCGCCAGGCCAGCUGGUAAACUACAAGAAAAUGCUCGAGCAGCGCCAGCUGCAGAUCCCAAUCUUAUCCAAAUUGCCCAGCAACAUCAAAGUGACUCCGGCCAGCCAAAUGUCGCAAAGAAGCGCCAUUGAAAACACGCUGGAAAAGGCGAUUUGCCAGGCCCAACCCGGGCGGGCCAAGCCCGUGCAAGCUUUUGACUCAGAUCUAGCGCAAAAAACCGCCAGGGCGUCGUCCCAAGCCAGUGGCGUGCCGGUGCGCCCAAGGAAGCCUCAAUACGGCUUUGGAUCAACUGAUGCGCCACCGAUCCCUCAUCCCCCACCGCGGUAUUCGCAGAGCCCCCCAGGGGCACGGUUUGGCAAUCAGCAGCAGCAGCAACAGUUAAUGCACCAUCUGUCACAACAGCCACAUCCAGAAAUGCCGCAGAUGACUGCGCGCCCCACAAACAAUCAUCCUGAGCAGCAGCAGCAGACUUCGCUGCCACAAAACCAGUCGCGGGCUCUAAACAAUAGCCGAAAAUCGCAAAUUAACUACUUGAUUACGCCGCCCAGUCCAAGCAAACCGCGCCAGCCUCAGCCGCUGCCCUCCUACAUCCCUUCAAGCCAAAUUCAGCAGAUCAUUGGAAUGUUCCAAGAAACUACUCCAGCGUGUGAGGAAUUUUCCGACUCGAUUAGAAUGCUGGUGCUGCUUGAGAACGGCGAGCAGCGACUGAUAACAUUCACACUGCCGAAGGAAGCCUGCACAAUCCAAGAAAUCUUGGAACAGGUCAAUGUGCCGUUCACCCAAGAAACAAACAUUCAGGUGACCGAAGCCAACACAAAUGGCAUCAACUACAUCGUCACUGUGGGGAACGUGUCGAGUUUGGGCUAUGGAAAUGAGGAGGAGCAGCAGGAGGACUGCGUGCAACCGGCCCCAAAUCAAGAGGAAAGCAUCGCCGGAUUCAAGCAGUCGGUACAGGAUUUGGUGACGGCCCAACUUGAGCAUCUGCCCCCAGAACUUCCCAAGCUCAUUCCGGGAAAGCUGGCUGUAUGUUCCGCUUGCGGCUACACUGGAGAGGAUUUCAACAAAUGUAGAAGAUGCAACCGCAAGCUACCAGACAACGUGAAGGCAAUCGAAACCAUCGAUAAGAAUGACACAAAUGAUUCGCCAUCGCGCGAUUCGUCCAACCAUGCAUCUGAGCAAUUCAUCAACUCACCAGAAAAAUCUGACUCAGCCCCGAAAAUGCCGCCUAUCAAGAGGCGCCCAAUCAAAGUGAAGCAGCCCGAAGAAUCGGUGGUGAUCAUUUCCGAUGAGGAAGGCGAUGAAAAGAAGCCGACAAAAUCUGUGAGUGAGCAGCUGCUCACCAAGCUGGGCGCCUCCAUAUCGAUUUCGCCCGUCACUAAAGAACCCUCAUUGACAGAGAUCAAGAAGCAUGUUAGAAAAUUGUCAGUGGAACCAUUGAAUGCCGUAAAACUGCACAUGAAAUGUCGCACUGUUCGCAUAGGAUCGCAUCGCUUUAUCCCCUGCGGCGAUGUGAUUUUGGAGUCAAAGUGCGUCAUUAUCAAGGCUCCAGUGGUGGGCAACAAGACCGAAUACAAAACAGUGCGAAUUGAUCGCGGCGACAUCGUCAAAGUGCUGAUCUGUUACAACAAGGUUCUUCCCGUGCUCUUCUACUACAUCAACGGGGGUGCGGCUCCGUUGAUUCGCUCCAUUCUUGAAAUGACCAAAGAAAGUGGCCUGUAUUUUGAUCCCACCGAGGAGACUGAUGAUUCAUUCAGGAAAAUCACUCUGUUGCCCGACGAUGCCAUUGAAGAACAGAAGACCAUUUUCGAUCAGCUGUAUGGAGUCGCUCCGUUCAACGUGCUCGAGGAGCUAACGGCGAAAGAGGCCAACAAUAUCCUGAUCAAAGCCUGUCCUAAAGAGUCGAACUCUGCUGCCAUCGGGUCAUUCAGCGAGAUCAAGCAGAUCCUGAUGUACCCGAAAGAGGGCCAGGGCAGGCUUAGCAUCAAUACUGAAGACUAUGUUUGUUUGGCAGUUGAUCAGUUUCUCAACGACAAAAUAAUUGACUUCUAUCUGAAAUACCUGUGGGAAAACCUGCCUGAAGAGCAGCAGGAGAAAGUGCAUGUUUUUUCGACAUUUUUCUACAAGAGACUGACCACAAAGGCCACCAAAGCAGCCAAGAAAUCUCAUCCGUAUGAAACUGACCCUAGUUUGACCGCCGCCGAGAAGCGACACUGGAGAGUGAAGAACUGGACCAAGCGUAUUAACUUGUUUGAUAAGGACUUUAUUAUCGUGCCAAUUAAUGAGAACGCCCAUUGGUUCUUGGCCAUUAUCUGUUUCCCUGGGAUGCGAGGCCCGCAGACGUUUGAUGGGAAACCGUACAAUCCGGAGCCCAGAGCCAAGCCAAAGCCCAAACAAUCAAAGGCGAAACCGACUCUUGAAGUGAAGAAGGAUGCCACCAUUCCAUGCGAUGAUCUACUGCUGAGUGACAAAGAUGAAGCCGAGAGCGAGGAUUCCGAUAUGGAUUCGGAUGAUUCUGAAGAGUCCGCGGCCGCUGCUGCUGCAGCUUCAAUUGCAGCCGCUGCAGCUGCUUUAGCAGCUGCAGCUCCUGUGGCGUCAUCAAAAGGAAAGACGGCCCGACCGCCAAUUAAACAGCCCUGUAUAUUAAUCUUCGACUCCCUAGCAGGCCCUAGUCGGGCUCGAGUCGUCGCCACCUUAAGAGACUAUCUAACCUGUGAAUAUAAAGUGAAAAUGGAUUCGGACAGAGUGUUUAAUAAGGACGCAAUUAAGGGGUCCUGCUGCAAAGUGCCCCAACAGACCAACUUUACCGACUGCGGCUUGUAUGUGCUGCAGUAUGUGGAGCAAUUUUUCAAGGACCCGAUCACGGACUACAACAUCCCAAUCAAGACAAUUGAUAAAUGGUUCGACGAAAUCAUUGUUACUAAAAAGCGUGAAGAUAUUUGCAACUUGCUCAAAGAACUGAUGAUCGAAGAUGGCACGGAUGUUAACGGUUUACCAGAAAUCGCCCUGCCCACCUUAAAUGGCAAGUUAGUGGAGCGACCCGAGCCAGACCAGGCCGGGCCAGACGGAGAGCAAGAGGACAUGUUUACCGAUAUUGAAGACUCUGAAAUGAUGGAUGCGACCAAUUUGAACCAAUCUCAAGCUGAGGGAGGUCAGGAGGACGAAGCCACGAGCGACAAUGCGGAGGAAGAGCACGAAAACUCUUCAGGUUGCGAAAAUUCUUCGCUUGAAAAUUCCCCCACUAAAACUACUGACGAUGAGAAACUAGAUGAAGCGACGGCCGAACCAGAUGAACAGCCAAAUUCGAAGCCCCCAUUGGUUCAAUUCCCUAAGCUAACCACCAAUAAGGACACGUUGAAUUAUCUGAAGUCUAAGCGGAUUAUUCGCCACAAAGGUCCAUCGGAUGGAACUGAAUUAAAGAAGCGCAAAAUGGACACAGAUUAAUGUUAUUCCUGUAUUUAUGGCCAUUAAUUAUUAAGGCAAAAGCUAGUGAUUUCAAAGGCAAAUACAUUUCUGUUCUAGUUCUAUGGAGUAUUGUUCAGAUAGGUUGAUUUAAUAGCCCAGUUCUUGUA